AAAUUUCAAUUUAUAAUCUUCUAACUCAAAAGAAGAUCUAUCAACUAUUAUGGAGAACAGCUCGUCCUUCAAGAAAAACAAACCGCCAUCGUGCGGAUCACUCGUAACCAUCCUCAGCAUCGACGGCGGUGGAGUUAGAGGAAUUAUCGCCGGAGUGAUCCUUGCCUAUCUCGAAAAACAACUUCAGGAACUCGAUGGAGAAGACGUGAGGCUUGCUGAUUACUUCGACGUGAUAGCUGGAACUAGCACCGGUGGUCUUGUGACGGCGAUGUUGGCUGUACCGGACGGGACCGGUCGACCUCAUUUUGCGGCCAAAGACAUUGUGCCGUUUUACCUUGAACAUUGUCCCAAGAUAUUUCCCCAGCCCACAGGCGUGCUUGCUCUGUUACCGAAGCUCCCAAAGCUUCUGUCUGGUCCAAAGUACAGCGGAAAGUACCUGCGAACUCUACUAAGUAAGCUUCUUGGAGAGACAAGACUUCACCAGACACUCACAAACAUUGUUAUACCUACCUUUGACAUCAAGAAACUUCAACCCACCAUUUUCUCCUCUUACCAGCUGUUGGCUGACCCUGGCUUGGAUGUCAAGUUAUCAGACAUAUGCCUCGGCACAUCAGCUGCUCCCACUUUCUUUCCUCCUCAUUACUUUUCCAAUGAAGACAGUCAAGGCAAGAAGACGGAGUUUAAUCUCGUUGAUGGCGCGGUUACUGCUAAUAACCCGACUUUGGUGGCAAUGACUGCUGUGUCUAAGCAGAUUUUGAAGCACAAUCCUGAUAUGGGUAAGCUCAAGCCGUUAGGUUUUGACCAGUUUCUCGUUAUAUCGAUAGGAACAGGAUCUACAAAAAAAGAAGAGAAGUACAGUGCAAAAAAGGCUGCAAAAUGGGGAAUCUUAUCUUGGUUAUAUGACGAUGGAUCUACUCCGAUAUUAGACAUUACCAUGGAAUCAAGCCGGGACAUGAUCCAUUAUCACAGCUCUGUUGUGUUUAAAGCCCUACAAUCUGAAGACAAGUACCUCAGAAUCGAUGAUGAUACAUUGGAAGGAGAUGUAAGCAAUAUGGAUCUAGCGACAAAAUCUAACUUAGAGAAUCUUAAAAGGAUUGGAGAGAAGAUCCUGACAAACAGAGUCAUGCAAAUGAACAUCGACACUGGUGCAUAUGAACCUGUUGCUGAAAACAUUACCAAUGAUGAACAACUAAAGAGAACAGUCGCUUGUCUUCCUCCUUCGUACGGACAACUUGUUACCAUUCUUAGCAUCGAUGGUGGUGGAAUCCGUGGGAUCAUUCCCGGCACAAUCUUGGCUUACCUCGAAUCACAACUUCAGGAAUUGGAUGGUGAGGACGCAAGACUUGUGGAUUAUUUCGAUGUCAUCUCAGGGACAAGCACCGGAGGUUUGAUAGUGGCAAUGUUGACCGCACAAGGCGAAGACCAAAGCGGUGGUCAUAGCCGCAACCGCAACCGCCCUUUGUUCGAAGCCAAAGAAAUCGUCCCCUUUUAUCUCAAACAUUCUCCCAAAAUCUUCCCACAACCACGAGGGAUAUUCUGUGGUUGGGGUGAAACCAUAGUAAGACUUGUAGGAGGACCCAAGUUCAACGGGAAAUACCUUCAUGACUUAGUUGAAGGUUUCUUGGGAGACACAAAACUAACUCAAUCUUUGACAAACGUUGUCAUACCUUGCUUCGACAUCAAGAAACUCCAACCAGUUAUCUUCUCUUCUUACCAGGCGGUGAAUAAUCAAGCUAUGAACGCGAAACUAUCAGACAUAUGUAUAAGCACAUCUGCCGCACCAACUUAUUUUCCGGCUCACCGAUUCACCAACGAAGACAAUGAAGGAAAGAAACAUGAAUUCAACCUCAUUGAUGGUGGUAUCGCUGCCAAUAACCCGACGUUAUGUGCUAUUGCGGAAGUGACAAAGCAGAUAAUUAAGAAGAAUCCAGCAAUGGGAGACAUAAGCCCAUUGGAUUUUACGAGGUUUUUGGUGAUAUCGAUUGGGACAGGUUCGAUUAGGAAUCAAGAAAAGUACAAUGCGAAAAUGGCGUCGAAAUGGGGAUUGAUAUGUUGGAUCAUUGAAAAUGGAUCAACUCCAAUUCUUGAUUGUUACAGUGAAGCCAUUCAUGACAUGGUUGACUACCAAAGCUCUGUCGUCUUUCAAGCUCUUCGUUCCGAGAAGAAUUAUUUACGUAUCGAUGUGAGUUUCUUCCUUAAUUAGGGUUCGAGCUGUCACAUCCCGAUUUCAUAUUAAUUAGUAACCAUAUAAUCGCAGACUAUAACUCUUUUGGUUUUGUUCAACUAAAUUCUGGAUUGUAUAUCAUUUUUGCUACUGAAUUUUCUUAAAGUCUGCAGUUUAGGUAUUAAAUUUGGUAAUUACUU